AUGGAGUCGAGCCUGAAGUCAACCCCUCACUCGGUGAAGCAGUGGCAGCUUGGUGGGACAGACUAUGAGCCGCAGCAGGUCCACAGGCAGCGGUCUGAAACCUGCUUUAGCACCUGGACCCCCCUGAACAACAGGACCAGCAACAUCCAGUUAUUUGAGGAGAGGAGGAACCUUUUGUUGCAUUGGUUUGAUCUGUGGACUGACAGACAGAGGAAACAGCUGUUGUACUCUCUGCUAACACGCUGCUCAAAGACACAGCUCAAGUAUUGUCGGGAUUUGCUGAUUGAGACUGUUCCUGUGACUCAAGUGGACUUCACAGCGGUGCUGCCACGCUUUCUGUCCCUGUAUGUGAUGUCAUUUCUGUCCCCUCGUGACCUCUGCUCUGCCGCACAAGUCAGCUGGCAGUGGCGGGUCCUUGCUGAACAGGAUUGUCUCUGGGCCGACCGCUGCAUCAAGAGAGGCUGGUUUCUCCCCUACACACCUGCAGAAAAAGAAUUUGGAGCAUGGAAGACUCACUACAUUUCCUGCGUCUCCACUCUGGACUGGCUUACUCCUCGGGAAGCAGCUGAGCAGUACGGGACCCUGAACCAACAAAGCACAGAGGAGGCUGAAGAGAGAAGGAAGGAGAGGAGAAUCAGACAGAUGAUCAGAGGCAAACUGCAAGAGGAGAAAAGAGAAUCUAUAAGAACCAGGAGAGUGUGGGGCAGCAACGCAAACCCUGAAGGAGCCAGAGGUGGAAGAACCCAAACAGGGAGGUCCAGCCCUGGUAUGACAUCCAGGUCCUGGCCCUCCCUUUCAUGGCCUCAAACUCUUGUUGGGUCUCCCAGUCUUAGCCUCGAAGGUGGACGACAUGUAUCUGCAUCUCAAAGCUUGGAGAGAGUCCAGGCCUCCAAUCCUAGCAGUGAGAGAGUGAACACAGCAAAUGGAGCGCUGUCCUCCUUCACUUGUAAACCUGCAGUGCUACAAGCAGCCACUCCAAUCCAUCGUCCUGCUCCCCCUCUCUUGCUGCUGAUGUCCAACCGAAUUCCAGCCUAUGAGCUGCUGCUGAGCGGCGUGAAGGCUGGAGUGAUCGUUGUUCUGUACGACCAUAGAGGGACUCUCUCAGCGCUGUUAACCCAGGCCGAGAGGGCCAUUUCUGGAAAGAGAGUUCAGAGGCUGGGACUACUCGCUCCUGGAGGAACGGAGGAAAUCCAUCUGCUUGAAGGUUGUAGCCUGUCACAGGCGACUCUUCUGACCCCUGACCACAGAGAAUUCUGGGAAAAGCUGUCUGGCUGGGUUGCAUUAACAGAUGAAGGAGGAGGGAUUGAUAUCUUCUCUCCACUGGCUGCAUCUGCGUCAGGUUUGGCUCUCAUGCAGGCUCUGUCUACACUGACGGGACUGGAGGUUCAGGCACCUAUGGGUCUUGCCACUGGAAAUUUCCAGAACAUCCUCAGUGAGUGGUCUGACAGCAGUGUGUGCACCAGAUUCUCCAAGGAGCAGCCAGCCGGCCCCGCUCUGCUCUAUGUGUGUGAGAGCGUCCUGCAGGGCUGGUGCAGACAGGCUCAGUGGAUGGAGGAGGCUCUGGGGGAGCUGAGGGGCCGCCUGGGGCCACAGCUACAGCGGGCCAGCCUGCAGGCCAGGGGCCGCGCUCUGGGUCAUUUUCUGUGGGAGGAGAUCUGCCUGGAGGAUCUGUGUGUGUCCAAAGAGCUGAAGGUGGCUCUGACUGAGGGGCUCGUUGCUCUCACAAGACAAGAAGAGACCAAACCUGUGGAGUUUCUUGUCCUCUUCUUGACAAGAUGGAGUGAGGAGAAGGAGAGAGAAGAGCGUAGUGGAGAGAGAAAGUGGAGCUCACAGAGAGGCCUCAGCUCAAUGUCUGAGCUACAAGAGAUGGCAUUAGACUGGAGAGGUACAGUUGCCAGAGAGUUGCACCACAGCGAGUGUGUUUAUCUGGGGAGACUGGGCGCAGUGCUGAAGGUCUACAAGGAGCCUCUGACAGCAGCUCUCAACUCCAACAGAGCCAUUCUCAGCUUCACCGACAUCCACAUCGUCCUCAGCCCAGUCACACACAUACUGGAGCUCAGCAAGGAGUUUCAGAUGGAUUUAGGAGCCAGGCUGCAGCAGUGGGGUGCAGAGCAGUGUGUAGGAGACGUGUUGGUCAAAUUGUGCUCAAAACUGAAAGUCUACACCAACUACCUCAACAACUACACCACUGCCCUCUGCACGAUCGACAAGUGCAGGGAGACAAAGCCUCCAUUCAGGGCUUUCCUGAAGAGAGCAGACAGAACGCUUGCGGCACACAUGCUGAGCCUGCAGGAGCUGCUGAUGUGUCCUGUGUGGAGAAUCCAGGAGUACGUGACUCUACUUCAGGCUCUGUCCGUACACACACCGCCUGGGCAUCCUGACCACAAACACCUCUCCUCCGCCCUCAACUCCAUGUUACGAUUCAGGGAAUUUAUACAGAAGUUGAAGCGUAACUCAGAGAGAAACAAGCUGAUGGAAGAAACGCAGCAGACGAUCCAGGGCUGCCCGAACCUCAAUGAAGGAAACAGGCAGCUGAUAACGACCCAGGACGCUGCUUUGCUCAGGAGUCCUGGUGAACAGAUUCCAGACUCUCUCAGGACCUACGAGCAUGUCUCUGAUGUGGGCCUCUUCCUCUUUAAUGAUGCAUUGGUGUUGACGCGAAGAAACGUUCAUCACACACCGUUCUCGCUGGCUCACCAGAGCACACACACUUUCCUGGCCUCAGUGGCUCUGUGCAGCCUGCGAGUCAGAGAGAUCACACACACACGUUAUGUGAGUCAUGCCUUUGUCCUGGAGGGUCCCUGUCGUUCGUGGGUUUGUGCCUCAGGAAGAGAAGAAGAGAGAGAGCACUUUAUGUCUGUGCUGCGUUCAUCCAUAAAGUCAGCUCUGAAAGGACAUCAGUGACACCAUCAUGACGACAUCGCCCGCAGGACAAGACAAGGUUUUGUCACCCCUGGAAACAAACUUGUUACAUAUAUAUAUUUUUCUUUUUUUUCUUAAACAUGGGAAAUCUCAGAAGGCGAGUAAUGGCUCCUGUUCCAUUCGAGCUCAGUUUAAACGGAGCUUUGAGUUUCUCACUUCAGUGAUUCUGGACACAAUCCUUUGAUUCACAAUGACUACUUUGCAACUCAACAUU